GUGUCAGUGAUGGAGGGACAUUCUGUUACUCUACACACUGAUACUCAACUACAGAGUCAAGAUGACAUCGAGUGGACGUUUGGUGUUGAGAGUCCAGAUGAGAUUAUAGCUGAAUUCUUCAGUAAAGACAAACUAACAUCUAUUAAUGAGACAUUAAAGAAUCACUUACAUAUAGAUGAUCAGACUGGAUCUCUCAUCAUCACAAACAUCACAACUCAACACACUGGACUUUAUCAAGUAAAUAUCAUUGGAAAUACUGUUCAAAACAAACACUUCAAUGUUACUGUCUAUGCUGGUCUGUCUGUUCCUGUCAUCUCCAGAGUCUCUUCUCAAUGUUCUUCAUCAUCUUCAUCAUCAUGUUGUUGUGUGUUGUGUUCAGUGAUGAAUGUGUCACAUGAUGUGAGUGUCUCCUGGUACAAAGGAAAGAGUUUAUUGUCCAGCAUCAGUGUGUCUGAUCUCAACAUCAGACUCUCUCUACCUCUGGAGGUGGAAUAUCAGGAUACAAACACAUACAGAUGUGUGGUCAACAAUCCCAUCACAAACCUCACACAACAUCUACACAUCACUCAACUCUGUCACAUGUCUUCAGGUGAGUCACGCGUCCACGGUUGUGGUUUUACUGAAGCUGUGAUCCGAUUGGUCGUCUCUGCUGUGGUGGGUGUGGCUACGGUUGCUGUUCUGGUUAAUGAGUCGUCAUUUGCAAGACAGCAUUUUAGUAAAGACUCAUCAGAGUCAUCAGGAAGUGAUGCUUUAGUCAGUCUGUUCACCGUCAAUCUGAACAUGAGCUGA